UGAAAAAUUUUCCAGUCUACUGAUGAACCUAUACCUAUAAAACCAUUUCAAGAGGGAUCAAGUGCUUCUAACUAACCGGGUUGAGGAAGGGAAGGUUGGGAAAGGUCCCAAACGGUCCUGAAGGAGGCUAGGGAUUCUCUGAGGCAGAGAUGACAGGAGAGCAUUCCCCAAAGGGCCAGCCGCCCGUACAGAAGUGGGGAGGCGGGGGAUGGUGCGAGGACCCGUUAAAGAGGGGUGGAUUUGGGGGUAAGUCUAAAUAAAUUAUCUUCUGGAUCGGCGAGUUCCAGAUACACCGGCUGUAAGAUACUCAGGUAAACCAAUGCAGGAGAGACAUCCCCCGCACACUCAGUGACUGCCAAUCAGCCGUCACUGUUUCCGGGACUUCCGGCCUUGGGCAGAUGCUGCAGUGAAAUGCCCGGAGCUGGCCUUGAUCCUCAGGCACUUCCCAGCGUCCUCUGGGCCCGAGGUUCUGGCCUCCAGGGCCCUCCCAGCUCCCGGUGCCCCGAGUUCUCCGGCCAGCCCUGACUCAGCAGGAGACCCUCCCUGGGUCGGACGCAGGCUGGGCAGGGGCACUUUCCCGUCCAGCUUCACGGUCCAGAGAGGUCGUGACUGGGCCAUCACAGGCAGUACUUGUCAGAGGCAGGCUGCCCACCAUCUAUCCCACAGAAAGUCAGCCUUUGGUGAGAUUUCCCAGAAGGAAUGAGCUUUGUCAGAUCCAUUUUGGAAACUGCUCCCAGCCUGAGCCGCCGGCAAACUCUUCUUUGAACCCCUCUUUUUGGGUUGUAUUCGGGAGUUCGAAAAACUCCAAAAUAAAAGAUGGAGCAGCUUGGGGACUCAGCGGAUAGAGCGCUGGGCCAGGAAGACUUAUCUCCAUGAGUUCAAAUCCACACUAGCUGUGUGGCCCUGGCCAAGUCACCUGUUUGCCUCAGUUUCCUCAUCUGUCAAAUAAGCUGAAAAAGGAAAUGGUGAACCCCUCCUGCCAGGAAAAUCCCCAGUGGAGUCACAGAGAGUGGGACAUGACUUAAAAACAACUUAACAAUUUUAAAAUAAUUUAAAAUGUUUUAUUUUUUUUAAUUUUAAAAAUAAAAAUGGGGAAGGGGGGAUCUAGAGCCCGGCCUUUCCCACCUUUCCCAAAAUGCCCCUCGGAGAGCCACCAUUAUAAUGACCUGCGCCCAUCCUGAAUCCGACUGGUCUCCUCUCUCACAGCUGGUCAUAACUGCCGCUAGUGAUGAGUUGGGGCGAGGGGCUGGUAUGGUGGGCUUGGUGCUUUAGGGGUGUCUGGCCGCCACGGGGAGGAUGCUAGAACAGGAAGAGGUAAGGGGCAGGAAGAACGAUCGAGAGGCUCCUGAACUAGUUCCCCUGCUCCCCCUGCCCCCAACUCCAGUGAUGCAGGGGAGGGGGAAGGCCCGCGGAUCGGACCCGUGGGGCCGGACCGAGUCCAGCUCUGGGGCGCUGGCAGGGGAGGCAGGGAGCGGGGUGCGGGGUGCGGGGAGCGGGGUGGGGUGCCUCGAUCCGGGGCCUUCCUGGUACUCGGGUUCUGCGGCUUGGAGAGAUGCAAAUCUCGGGAACAAUGGGGUCCCUGUUUCCCCUGAUCCUUCCUCCGCUGAAAAGAUCGGGCCGCAGCUCUGGGGAGUCACUGGAUCCUCGGCUCCCCUACAUGGUAAGGAGUUCUUCCCUGGGCCGGCUCCAAGGCCGAGGCCCGGGAUGCUGGGAAGGGUGGAGGGGCGCCAGGCCGUUCCCUGAGGCUCUGUGUUCUUGGCAGGACAAGACCGGCCGAAACGGGACCCCGUCCCAGCCCCCCCUGCCGCCCCCCAGAGCCCCGGGGAAGCCCCCGAGGGGAGCAGCGCACGGAGGCUCCCCAUCUUGGAGAGAGGAUCCCUCCAUCCCGCCGUCCCCAGGUUCUGCGGGGCUUUUGAGCCAAUGGGAUUCCGAGGAGGAAGAUGAUGGCGGAGGGGAAUACGAGCUUCCUCCUUGUGAGUCCCUGGCCGCCAAGAUGGCCCCUUUCCUCGUGGAGAAGAGCGAGCUGUAUCUGGAUCGAUCCGUCCCCUCCGGACCUCCCAAGCCAGUGCCCCGGCCCUCCCAGGAUCCAGCUGAAGAAGACUCUGACGAAGCCAUCUACCUGGAGCCCAGUCUGGUUUCACCUUUAAACCAGGACUUGGGGCCUCAGGCCCCACCCCCCCGGGCCGUGAUCCCAAGAGCCACGGUGGCCCCCGGAUCUGCCUACAAGGCUCUCUCUGUCCCCCAGGAAUCUUGGAGUGGGUCAGGGGACAUCACUUGCAAUGCUGGGAGGAGUACAUUCACAGGGAACCCCCCUGCAGAGGAGCCCCUUCCCCCAGCAGCUCGGGGUCAGUGGGAUCCUCUGUUGUGUGUGUGUGUCCAGAAGGCCGGCCUGCUGACUCAGCCCUGGUAUUGCGCGCACUGUGACCGCCAAACUGUCGAGAACGCCCUUCUCUCGCUCCAAAAGGACGGCUCCUACACCGUCCGGCCCAGCUCCGAUCCCCAAGGACUGAAGCCCUUCACCCUGGCUGUGUUCUUCCACGGCCACGUCUACAACAUCCCCAUCCGCUGGCUGGGGGCCCCGCGGCAGUACGCGCUGGGUCGGGAGAGCAGGAGCUCCGACAAGCUCUUCCCCAGCGUGGCCGCCAUGGUGCAGCAUUUCUCCCAGCAUCCCCUGCUCCUGGUGAACAGACGCAGCUGCGACCGGCAGCAGACCUGCCUCCUCUUCCCCGCCAAGCCCUGAGCUCCCGGGCGGAGCGAAGGCGCAGGAGCCCGGACGAGCUUGGUCUCGUGGCCCGCACACAGUAGGGAUUUAAUAAAUGCUGACUGAGCAAAGGAA